CACCACGUCCAAAUUUCAGCAGAUUGCAUUCGUCUUGCAUCGGUGGCGCUCCUCACUCCUCACAUCUCUUUCUUCCUCUCUGCAACUUCAUCCACGAGAAAGCAACCAACUCGUCAUUGCAUUCUUAUUAUUCAUCCAUCACCACUAAUAACCUUUCCAGCAAUACAUCAGACACAUCACACAAUGGCGCUAGUAGACAUUGACCCAUUCACGUUUGCCACAUGCUUCACAUCGGAGGACGUUGAAGCCGAUAGUUUCAGUAAUCCCUUCACAAUGCUAACAGCACAGCCGACGAUUGAGCCAUCCAGGUCUGAACCAGAUGAUAUGGAUGGUGAAGCGUGUUCGGAGGAAGAGACACGACCCAGUCCACAGACAACAACAGAGGAAGAAGUGUCUCCUGCUGUUGUAGACCAAGAGGAAAUGGUAGUAGAAGUCUCUGGCGAUGACGAUGGUGCUUCAACCAAGGACGAGACUAGUACACAGGACGAUAUGAUCAUUGAAGAAGUAGCACAAGAGACAACAACAACCAGCACGAAUCAGUUCAAUGGCUAUGGAGGCUUGCGGAACUUGGGAAACACGUGUUAUAUGAACUCUGCCUUGCAAAUGAUUGCUAGUCUGGAUCACUUUGUGGAGGAAUUGGAACGGGAGAGUCCUCCCAACUCGCCCGAGACUGAGGAGGCCAAAAGCGUUCGGCAAGCUUUUCUGGAGCUAAUGGAGACUCUUCGUGGAGGAGAGGCUGUCAGUCCCGAUGACUUUAAGCGAGCGUUGGAUGAGAGAACAUCCCUGUUUCUGGGAUUCCGACAAGAAGACUCGCAUGAAUUUCUGACCACUUUGCUAGAUAUUCUCGAUGAGGACUACAAAGUCAAGCCAGAGCCAGUCGAGGACGACAAACAGCAGCCAAUGGAGACAGAACCAGUCGAUGAAGUCAAAGUAGAGGCACAAGUCCUUGAGGAAAUAGGCACAAACUCAACAACAACCAAGCCAGAAGAAAGCAACAACAUUCACCAGGAAGUGGAAACAGCGUCCGAUUGCACGGAAAUGCAGGAUCCGGUUCGCAGCGAAGAGGAAGACGGCGAAACAGCGCCCGCUGAAACCGCCGAGAGCAAUCCCUGCCCCAAUGGCACCACCACAAAGCUGAGUACCUGCCAAUCCUUUUCCGAUUUACAACCUGAUGGAAUUGAAGAGCUUAUUUACGCUCGGCUCCUGGACAGCAACUACAACUUUGACACUGCUGUAGUACCCGCAACCCCCCCGCGCUGCAAGCUGGUCGGAGGAAGAAUGACUUCUCCAGAUCUGCAUGACGCUGUAGUGCUUCGAAAAGAGGGAGAGUCGGUGGCUUCUGUUUCCACCGAGGAAGCUCAAUCACCAACCCCAUCGCCGGCCGAAAGCGCAGAACCUUCGCCGGUGGAAUCAUACUUCAAAACAGAAGUGAGUGUCCGUCUCACGUGCGAAAGCUGCAAAUUCACACGCUCGCAUGUGGAGAACUUUCUUCACUUGUCGCUGGAGAUUGGAGGAGACAGCAGUUCUGUGGCCGAUGGCCUGCGCAAGUUUUUUGCUCCAGAGAAGAGAGAAAUCAAGUGUGAAAAGUGCUUUUGCGAGUCUGCGAUGCAAACUAUGGAAAUCACUCGACUUCCAAGAGCGCUCUUGCUCCACUUCAAACGCUUCAUUGUGGAUGUCAGUGACGACUACACAUCCAUCACGUACCGCAAGAACCAAUCCGACUUUCAAUUCGACGACAACCUCUCGUUGGAUGAAGAUAUGGGAGGCGUUCUUGCCGACUGCUGUUCCCAAGACGUCAUUGUGCCGAAUCUUCUGAGCCAACAACAACAAUCAUCACCAGACUGCCGUCGGGGAACCUACCACAUUCGAAGCGUUGUGAAUCACAUUGGGUCCUCUGCGGCUUGUGGUCACUAUACAGCUGACGCGUUGCGUGCGUAUCCAGACAAGGGGGAACGACAGUGGACCAGAUUCAACGACUCCUAUGUGUCCACAGUUUCAGCGAAUGAAGCAAUCAAAAACUCCUCCAAGACCGCAUAUCUCACCAUGUACGAAUUGAGCUAGUAGGAGUAGCUAAAACUAAAGAAAACGAACACAAGCAACUUGUUCGCCAACCUGAUCAACAGUAGAGGGUGCAGUUCUCCCAUCCUCGAGGA